AUAUAGGCAAUAUUGUGAUAUCAUUACGAUCAUCGAUGGACCUUGAGGAAGAGCGUGCUACAUGCAUAGCCAGAAACGAAGCUAAGUUAGCAGAGCUUGGUCUUUUGCAUUCACCUCCCCAGUCCAACAAAAUUACAAGCACUGCAGCUGGAUUGAAAUCCCGCCGACUUCGUAGAAGGAUCGACCAAGCAGUGCAGCCGGCGGUCGAUCUUGUCCGCCCUACAUUACAGCAAAGUAGGAGAGAGGUCACAGCCAUUACAGGAUCUGAUACCACUGAAGAGUCCGAGGAAUACUGUGAAUUGGAAACAGCACAUGAGCGCAUGGAGGCUAUUCAGAACGUUCCUGAACCUAGUCCAGGUGACCUUCCUGGCCUUCAAGGCAUUCCAGUGGAAGUUCGGGAUAUGGCUGCAAAAAUAGGCUUUGAAAUCGGCUGUAGGCCGUUCCAGCUGUUCUACACAGCAUAUGACAAAUGGAAGUCGGAUUUCAAGCCGGCUUUUAACAGUCCAGGAUCAGCCAAGGCUACCAUGGACAUUCAGCACCCUCUACGAUAUGGGCUUCAGGGAGAGAGACCUUCUUGACCAGCAGCAGGUCAACAGGGUGAGCCUCAAAACGUUCAAGGAGAGUGUCAAGCCCAAGAUGGUACACGUGGUGCCACCAAAUCAAUGGGCUUGAGGCAGCCUUUGAGGCGGUUGCCAACCCAAACCCCCGGAAGAGGAAGAACAGCUGGGAUAGCCAAGAAGGAGAUGGGGACGACUUCAACUCAGCAUCCAAGAUCUACUUGGAAGUGACUGAAAAGGAGAUUGAGGACUUCAUGGUUACACUGGGUGGGCGAGACAGAACCAUGGCUGGCUUCCACUUGGACUCAGAAGCAACCGACCAGGACAUACACGCACGUGUCUGGAAGUCCCUGGUUGAGAGAUGGAACAACCGCAAGAAGUGGAUUGGAAAUCUACAGCAGCAGGCCAAUGUGGAGGAUGCUUUGAGAUUCAACUCCUUUGGAGCUGACGAAGAGGAGUUUGAGAAGUACCAGUCUUCACAGUCGCACCUGGAAUACUUGCAGGGCCUCUAAACAAUGAAGAUGACAAGUUUGUCUUCAUUGUCGAGGGCAAGGACAGUCCUGUGCUCUGUGUGGCAUACAUUGCAGCUGCAAUGCAGUGCAACCAUGAACUGCUUGAAAUUAAUGCUUGAAAUGCUUGAAAUUAAUGUCUUUGCCUGCUGGAUUAUGCAUUUUAUGCUACUGCUAAUAACAUAAUAAUUAUGUUUCUUUUCAUACAUGUCCACAACGUUGAAUAAGCACUGGUCGGUUCCUCCAUAUUCACCAUGCAUGCAAUGCACAGGAAAACAAGGUGUCUGUUUUCAUUCUGCACAGGGCGAACAACAGCAAGAAGACCUCCAUGGUAUUGCCCAGUGGUACCAUUAAGGUUGGCAAGGAGCUCAAGAAGCACACAGUUGUAGAGCUUCCAGUGCAGAGCCUACUUGGCAGAUUCAACAAGCAGCAGGUCAAGGAGUGGGCUUUCUCCCAUGGCUGCACAAAUGUUCUAUGGAAUGACUACAUGGUCCAGUACAAGGGCAAGCUGGCAUUGGUUGCUUAGAGAGGUUACUUGAUGAGCAGGGAUACGGAGCAAGUGGGCAGCUGCAGUCUAGGGCUAUGUGGUUCAGUGGUGUGCAGUAGGUGUUCACUAGGAAAAAAGGGAGCAGUGCAGUAGUAGUGUGGAACAGGUCACAGGUGAAGGUUGAUGAAGAACAUGUGUGUAUAAUUGCAUGCCAAGACAAGGUACUGCUGUUGCUGUGAUGAUUUUGGUAGCAGCCUCCAGACUUGUAAAGAAUAGAGACGAUAGAUGCCUGUACAGGCCAGCUGGCUGUGCACUAUACUGCACAACUCCACAUGAUGAGCAAGUGAGGUGACCAGGGCGACCCAGACUGUUGUGUGUAAUACAUACAUAUGUAUAUAAUUCCUGACGAAUGUGGUUUUGUGCCUACCCAUGCAGUACAAGCUUCUAUCCCCAAUGAUGGCAAAUAGAUGCUGAUGGCAUGAAUAAUGAAGUCAGACAGCUUUCCAAAAAAAAGAGAAUGUGUGAUUUAACAGUGGACAGGGAUCAUGUAAAAGCUCAUAACAU